GAGGGGACGGUAGGCGGCGGAUGGGAGAGCUGGCGCAGCUGCCGUGGUGGCAGCGGCUGAAGUGGUGGCGGUGGCUGCAGCGGCUGCUGCAGCUGCAACAGCUCCGGGCUCAGGGCUUUGGCGGAGGCGCCGGCGGGCAGGGCUGCGCAGUGUGGACCCCGGCGCGUGGUCCGGGUUGCUGGGGCAGCUCGUAAGAUGCCUCUGAUGGAGGAGUUUCUGAGAAGCACCUCUGAGCCCGUGGCUUUGAUCGGGAGCUCAAAGCAGAGACUAUUUAAAGCUCUGGACAUCACAUCCUGAGAACUGCAGGAGAGGAGAACAUGGCUGUGAGUUUAGAUGAUGACGUUCCCCUCAUCUUGACCUUGGAUGAGGGUGGCGGUGCCCCGCUGGCUCCCUCCAAUGGCCUGGACCAAGAGGAUCUGCCUAGCAGAAAUGGAGGCAAAUAUGCCAUCCCUGACUCCCAGGUCCCCAGUCUGAGCUCAGGGGGCGAGAGUCCCCCCUCCAGUCCCACCGGCCAUAACUGGGAGAUGAAUUAUCAAGAGGCAGCAAUCUACCUCCAGGAAGGUGAGAAUAAUGACAAGUUCUUCACCCACCCCAAGGAUGCCAAAGCGCUGGCGGCCUACCUCUUUGCACACAACCACCUCUUCUACCUGAUGGAGCUGUCUGCGGCCCUGCUCCUGCUGCUGCUCUCCCUGUGCGAGGCCCCCGCCGUCCCCGCGCUCCGGCUGGGCAUCUACGUCCAUGCAACCCUGGAGCUGUUCGCCCUGAUGGUGGUCGUGUUUGAACUCUGCAUGAAGUUGCGGUGGCUGGGCCUUCACACCUUCAUCCGGCACAAACGGACCAUGGUCAAGACCUCCGUGCUGGUGGUGCAGUUCAUCGAGGCCAUCGUGGUGUUGGUACGGCAGACGUCCCACGUGCGGGUGACCCGGGCGCUGCGCUGCAUCUUCCUGGUGGACUGUCGGUACUGCGGUGGCGUCCGGCGCAACCUGCGCCAGAUCUUCCAGUCCCUGCCACCCUUCAUGGACAUCCUCCUCCUGCUGCUCUUCUUCAUGAUCAUUUUCGCCAUCCUCGGUUUCUACUUGUUCUCCCCGGAUCCUUCAGACCCCUACUUCAGCACCCUGGAGAACAGCAUCAUCAGUCUGUUUGUCCUUCUGACCACAGCCAAUUUCCCAGACGUGAUGAUGCCGUCCUACUCCCGGAACCCCUGGUCCUGUGUCUUCUUCAUCGUGUACCUCUCCAUCGAGCUGUACUUCAUCAUGAACCUGCUUCUGGCCGUGGUGUUUGACACCUUCAAUGACAUCGAGAAACGCAAGUUCAAGUCUUUGCUGUUGCAUAAACGAACCGCCAUCCAGCACGCCUACCGCCUGCUCAUCAGCCAGCGGAGGCCUGCUGGCAUCUCCUACAGGCAGUUUGAAGGCCUGAUGCGUUUCUAUAAGCCCCGGAUGAGCGCCGGGGAGCGCUAUCUUACUUUCAAGGCAUUGAAUCAGAGCAGCACGCCUCUGCUCAGCCUGAAGGACUUUUAUGAUAUCUACGAAGUCGCCGCCUUGAAGUGGAAGGCAAAGAAAAAUAGAGAGCAGUGGUUUGACGAGCUUCCCAGGACAGCGUUCUUCAUCUUCAAAGGAAUUAAUAUCCUUGUGAAGUCCAAGGCUUUCCAGUACUUCAUGUACUUGGUGGUGGCCGUCAACGGGGUCUGGAUCCUUGUGGAGACCUUCAUGCUGAAAGGUGGGAACUUCUUCUCCAAGCAUGUGCCCUGGAGUUACCUCGUCUUUCUGACUAUCUAUGGGGUGGAGCUGUUCCUAAAAGUGGCCGGGCUUGGCCCCAUUGAGUACCUGUCCUCUGGAUGGAAUCUAUUCGACUUCUCCGUCACAGCGUUCGCCUUCCUGGGGCUGCUGGCUCUGGCCUUCAACAUGGAGCCCUUUUAUUUCAUAGUGGUCCUGCGUCCCCUCCAGCUGCUGAGGUUGUUUAAACUCAAGAAGCGUUACCGCAACGUGCUGGACACCAUGUUUGAGCUGCUGCCCCGGAUGGCCAGCCUGGGCCUCACCCUGCUCAUCUUUUACUACUCCUUCGCCAUCGUGGGCAUGGAAUUCUUCUGUGGAAUCCUCUACCCCAACUGCUGCAAUACGAGCACAGUGGCAGACGCCUACCGCUGGCUCAACCACACCGUGGGCAACAGGACCGUUGUGGAGGAAGGCUACUACUAUCUCAACAAUUUCGACAACAUCCUCAACAGCUUUGUGACCCUGUUCGAGCUUACAGUUGUCAACAACUGGUAUAUCAUCAUGGAAGGUGUCACCUCUCAGACCUCCCACUGGAGCCGUCUCUACUUCAUGACCUUUUACAUCGUGACCAUGGUGGUGAUGACCAUCAUCGUGGCCUUCAUCCUCGAAGCCUUCGUCUUCCGGAUGAACUACAGCCGCAAGAACCAGGACUCGGAAGUUGACGGUGGCAUCACCCUUGAGAAGGAACUGUCCAAAGACGAGCUGGUCGCUGUCCUGAAGCUCUACCGGGAGGCACGGGGAACCACCUCGGACGUCCCCCAGCUGCUCCAGAUCCUCUCCCAGAUGGAGAAAUAUGAGCAAAACACCUUGGUGUUUCUGGGACGGAGAUCAAGGACCAAGAGCGAUCUGAGCCUAAAGAUGUACCAGGAGGAGAUUCAGGAGUGGUACGAGGAGCACGCCCGGGAGCAGGAGGAACAGCAGCGACAGCUCAGCGGCUGCGCUGUCCCCACCACCCAGCAGACUCCAGGCAGCCGCCAGCGCUCCCAGACCAUCACCUAGCCCCAGCCUGCAAAAGCCAUCUCUUCUAUGCAAUAACACAAUAGUAUUAUUUACUACAAUGUAUCAAAAUAAUGUGUGGGUAUAUAUAUACAUAUUUUAUAUAUAUACACACAUAUUCAUAUAUAUGCACAUAUUUAUAUAUAGAAAGAAGAAAAGUCAGGCAGACAGGACGCGGUUUGGUUUGUAACCACCUUGCCCUGUUAACCCCAGUGGUCAGUUUCAUUCGGCAAGGGGGUCCGGCCACUAGGAGCUCUCUGUAGCACAGAAAGCUCCAGAAGGCCCCUUUCCAAGAGCAGUUGAAUAGAUUCUGCCGAUCUUUGCAGGGCUUGCCUUUGAAGUGGGCCAGCUGUCCCUAGGACAGCCCCACACCGUCUUCCUGACGCCGCAUUCCGAAUCCCAUCCCAGCCGACAGCUAGUUUCCCCACUAACGUCGCCUGUGGCCCAUGUCCCGGGGUUUGUGUGUCCUGCUUUGGGGACAAAACCACUUAGGAAGGAAAAGAAUCCAUAUCCUCAGGUUGAGUAUCUCUGUGUGAUCAUGUGAUAGGGCGUUCCUUUGGGGGACCAGUGCCUAGGACCUACUGAGAGAGUAAUUCAGGGCUAGGGUUAUUCCUGGUGUCGGAUCUCAGCCCGUGCUGGGCCGUGAGAGGCUGCAUCCUGGUUCCCUGAGCCUCCUCACCCUCACUUCUUUCAGUUUCAACCAUUGUUGUUGAAAAUGCUCCUAAAACGGCCUUGGGACUCAAGGUCCAGCGGUAAGAAGAAAGAGGCCAGGCCGAUGGCUGAGGCCCAAACCAAGUCCUGAAACGGGCUUUCGCCACUAAAUCCCUUUUCCUGGGGAUGGUCCUGUUCAA